AUGGCUCUCGCUCCUGGAUAUGGAGCCAACUCGGCCUUUUGCGCACGAACACGCUCGUCUGCGAAACUUCACGGAGAUCGACCAGAAAGCGGCAUCUACAAGAUUCAGAUGCCCGGGCUUGAAGCCAAAGACGUCGAGUGCAUUUUCGGCAGCGGUUCGCCAAAAACUGUCAUCCAAAAGCGAACAACUGGCAAACUCAAUUUUAACCGUGGCUGGAGAGAUUACAAAUAUGGAUUCUCCAACGAUGUCGAAGUCUCUCCUUUCAACGGAGGCGGCAGCUCCAUGCGUGGUCCUCGACCAAAACAGUGCAAUCUCCAGGAAUACUGGAUCGGUCUCGAGUACAUUCAUGCGCUGACCCAAGAUGGAUACAACAACCUUCGAAUCGAUCUUGAGCGAUACGACGGACAGGAAGGAACGGUCACUUAUGGAAAUUUCGACAUUGGCUCCGAGAGAGAACAGUACAGACUCAACUCUCUUGGUGAAUUUAGCAAUGAUGGAAACCGAGAUCUUGGCGACGCUUUCAGAGGCACAGGCUUCGGAGAUCAGGGCUACAGUCGAUGGGACAAGGAAGAUACCAACCACGAAGGCAUGCCCUUUUCCACUUAUGAUCGAGAUAACGACAAGUACGAUGAAGGAAACUGUGCCAGAGAAGAUGGCUCAGGCUGGUGGUUCAACCGAUGCUCCGCUGCUAACCUUAAUGGAAAACAUUAUGGCAAAGGAAGCACUGCUCUUUACAGACCCAAGAAUGACCAGAGCUUUGAUGACGGUAUUCUCUGGAUGACAUGGACUCAGAACAAAUUUGAAUCACUGACAGGAUCAAAAAUGAGUCUCGGAGGUGUUGACUUUGAUGAAACUGAUAAAUCAAUAGUGAAUUAUAAAGAUUGCCAAGAAAUAGCCGAAAUGCUCUACAAAAAGGGGCAAUUGACCCAAGGAAACGCUGAAGAUUUCAACGGCGUUUACAAUAUUUAUACGAACUCAGAAGAAACUGAAUCCAAACCAACUCAGUGCAAGUUCUAUGCUAAAGGUAGAACACCAUGUGGCCUCACUCUGAUCCAAAAACGUAUGGACGGAGCAGAAGAUUUCAACCGGGGAUGGUCGGACUAUAAACGCGGCUUCGGUUUGAACAUUGUUUCCAAUCGAGGUCCACGGCCCAACAACGACGAAGACCAGUCGCUCGGUGAUGGUGUUUCUGAGGGAUGGCUUGGAAACGAUCCCAUCUGGCACUUGACUAACAAUAUCAAGGAUGAUUACAAUCGAGCCGUUAGGAUGGGAUUGUUGGUCGAAAUGGACCGGAAAUACGACGCAGCGACCAAGUUUGACAACAGUGCCGCUUGCAGAUACGACUUCUUCCGAACUGGGGAUGAGCGAUCACUUUACACACUCUUCAACAUCGAUGGCUAUUCCAGCGUCUACGGCAACCCCGGUGACGCUUUUGCCGGAGCCGACUUCGGAAGCGAAGGAUUCGGCAACGAUAUUGAAAUCACCCGUCACAAAGGGAUGAAGUUCUCCACUCGAGACCGAGACAACGACAACGACGCUUACUACCACUGUGGUCGACAGGACAAGUCUGGCUGGUGGUUCAACGGCUGCUCUGCUGCCAAUCUCAACGGACACUACUACUCUGCUGGCGUUGUCGAGGGCGGACGACGAGGACAGCAACUCACUAGCACAGAUCAAUUCGACGACGGCAUUCUUUGGGAAACUUGGACCGCCACCAAGUGGGAGUCUCUCAUGGCCACUCGAAUGUGGGUUGGACACAGCGAAAUUAUGAAUAUCAUCUUUGGAAGCAUGGCGAGCACAAACAGCAAGCCAACCCCGCCACCAUUCCGAGAAGAGCCCACUCGAGCGCCCGAUUGUGACCGAACAGACUCGCACAGCUCUCCCUACCGAAACCCACUUUGCGCUGACGACGUUGAUAUUUAUUCCGACUACGAGUACAAAGACGACGAUUCUUUCUACGCCUAA